UCCAUAGGAGAAUGUUCAUUGCUUGGGAUCCAAGCUGAAUUAAUGCACGUGGGAGUCGUAGUUCGAACGCAUUUUCGCAGGAAAAGUUUUUGAAAAUGGCAGAGGCCGCCAUGCGUGCACAGGUGAGCGCUCGGCGUCAUGCUGAAGAAGUGGAAGAUCUUGCGCGUGAUUUCAAAUCGUGGGAGAAACGGAUGAAAGAAAGGGACGCAAUGUUGAGAUCGAAUCAAAGUCCCCGAGUUAGUUCUAAAACUGCACCAGCAGUCGCUGAAGUUGUGAAGGAGAAGAAUCCCGUGGAUGCGAAGAAGAUCGCCGAUGUCCAGCUGAAACACAAUGCGAAUAACUGGAAGGAGAAAGGAAACAUGCUGUUCAAAGCACGAAAAUUCCAAGAAGCUGUCGAGGCCUAUUCAAAGGGGAUUGAACUGGACCAGCACAAUGCCCUGUUGCCCGCUAAUCGUGCCAUGGCGUACUUGAAACUUGAGAAGUUUGCUGAAGCAGAGAAAGACUGCGAUCUUGCGUUACGGUUGGAUCCUGAAUAUGUCAAGGCCUACUUGAGACGCGGUUCCGCCCGAGCAGCUAGAAACUUGAUCAAGUUGGCUAUUCAGGAUUUUUCGAAAGCUCUAGAGCUGGAACCAUCUAACGAGCAAGCAACUGAAGAGCUGGCAAAGUUGAAAAAAACCUGUGACGCAGAUGCCCAGGAAAGCACCACGAUAUCCGAGUCUCUUGCAGAGCGCCUGGAUGAUGUCGAUGUGGUGAAGCCAGCGAACAAGUCCAUUUCGACACGCUCCAAGGUGAAACGAAUCCCUGUAACGGACAGCGUUUCGUCUGAUUCUCGGGAGUCCACUCGUCAGGAGGAUAGAAAAGAGAAACCUGCUGCUCGCGAAGUCCAUCGGGUGAUCAGAGAUGAAGUGAAGGAGCAGAAGCUUCUCGGACCUCUUCAACUCACCAGGACGGAGGCAUGUCCUAUUGGACCUCCGUCGAUGAUUACGAAGCCAGUCCCAGCAGCCGACGACGACUGGAUGCUGACACGGUUCGGAGGCAUGUCGAACGUGAGAGAGGAAAUGGGCCGCGUUGGGAAAGCACACCGCAGAGUAAACAGGCGGAUUAUCCGCAGUUACUGCACAGGAAAUCGCCAAGUGAUUGAGAUCACGGCAAGUAGUGUCCGGGGCCGAUCAAACGCAUCGCGUUUUCCGCGCGAAAUCACUGGCCCAUUUCGAACNUGA